CUCUGCUUACUUACCUUGUGCGCAAGGCUAGGUAGAGCCGACCGUACCAUGGUCUUGAAAAGCGAAGAACCCGUGCAAUUCAUUAUCAGUUUUUUACCAAACAAUAUAAAACUCCGGGUAUGCACUUUCUUUUGUCGGUUUAAUGGCAAGUGCUUGCUAGGGCCGUGAUCGCGAUGGCAUUUCGCUGCACGCUCAAGUGAAGCGAAAGAAAAGUGGGACUCCGGUCGCCCAUCGCAUUAUUCGUGCUCGUUUCCAUUAUCGCCACAGUUAUCAUCAAGUGUUACUUCGGUGUUUUUGUUUACGGUGUUUGCGGCGAGAAGAAGUGACAGGGCCAUAGACCCCUCCUCUGAUGGGCGGAGCGUGCAUUUUUAUUUCGGAUUUCGCGUGUUUUUUUUUUUUGUUUUUUUUCUUUUUUUUGCCUGCUCCUGUUCUGACACGUCUGCACUGAGUACUGAGUGAGUGGCAUUGGCACAUUGUCAAUCGCUCACCGCCGCUGCCAUCAAACAACAUAAAGCACGCGCAGUCAGAGACUCGCGCUCAUAAAUUUCAGCCGGCAGAUAUUUUUGCGCAUUGCUUUACAGCGUGUAAUUAAUUUGUCUCUAUUCUUUUUUAUAUUUUUUACCACUAAUCCGCUAAAACUUUUUAAAGAAAUAUUUUAUUUUUAUUGCUAUCGCCGUCAUUAUUAUUGCUGCACGUAUUAGACAUUAAUUUUUUUCCCAUUAAUUCUGGACAUCGGCGAUAUGCUAUAUUUUGCAAGUGUCCGUGCGCUGCACAUGGCUUAUAUAUUUUAAUUUGCUUGGUUUUAUUUAUUAUUUUUUUUUUGUUUCAUUAAUUGUUUCCCACUUAGCCUUGGAUGGUUUGUUUCCUGCUGAUUUAAAUUGGGAUUUGAACAAGUUUACAAGAAGAAUUUCGCCGGGAGACAUAAUCGCAAGAAGAAUACAAAUAUAUCAAAGAAAUCUGCAAGGAGCUUCAGCAGUCAUACCCAACACAUCACGUCAAAGAAUAAAAGACAAAUUGCCAAGAAGAUUCGAACAGGAUCCGAGGGUCAGUGGCUGUCAUCUAGCUGUCAUAUAUAAAAUUAUAAAUAUUGGUUCUGCAAUUACGAGCAAAAAAUAUUGCAAAUAUAUUGUAUACUUCAAAUCGAGGAGGAAGAAAAUAUUGAAAGAAGAAAAAGUGCUCACUGGGACACGCAUUUUUAUACGAUCGCAUACAGUAACUCAGUUUAUACCUUUUUAUGAUUUAGCGAAAUUGUUUAAUAUUUGAAUUUCUUUUUGCUUCAUUCGCUGUGCACAUACAAUCACUGCCUUUGUAUGUGAUUUUUUUCAAGCUCCUGUUCUCUUAGCGAGGCUCCCGCGAAGCGCAUUGAUUGUGUUGCGGCAGACUAUGGACGAGCAAGCCCGGAUAAUGCAAGCGCUCGGCGGUGUCAGUUUGGCUGGCCAUUCGGUCCAAGGCGGCAUGGCAUUGCCGCCUCCGCACGGACACGAAGGGGCCGAUGGGGACGGAAGAAAACAAGAUAUCGGGGACAUUCUGCAUCAAAUAAUGACCAUAACUGACCAAAGUCUGGAUGAGGCGCAAGCAAAGAAACAUGGACUGAACUGCCACAGGAUGAAACCGGCUCUCUUCAGUGUGCUCUGCGAGAUUAAAGAGAAAACAGGCCUCAGCAUCCGCGGCGCCCAGGAAGAGGACCCCCCAGACCCCCAGCUCAUGCGUCUGGACAACAUGUUGCUGGCGGAGGGUGUAGCUGGGCCAGAGAAAGGGGGCGGAUCUGCAGCCGCUGCGGCCGCCGCUGCCGCCUCGGGCGGCGCCUCAGAUAACUCCAUCGAGCACUCGGACUACCGGGCCAAGCUGACACAGAUCCGGCAGAUCUACCACACAGAGCUGGAGAAGUACGAGCAGGCGUGUAACGAGUUCACCACCCACGUAAUGAACCUGCUGCGGGAGCAGUCGCGCACGCGGCCCAUCUCUCCCAAGGAGAUCGAGCGCAUGGUGGGCAUCAUCCACCGCAAGUUCAGCUCCAUCCAGAUGCAGCUGAAGCAGAGCACCUGUGAGGCCGUCAUGAUCCUGCGCUCCCGCUUCCUGGACGCCAGGCGGAAACGGCGGAACUUCAGCAAGCAGGCGACGGAGAUCCUGAAUGAAUACUUCUACUCGCACCUGUCGAACCCCUACCCCAGUGAGGAGGCCAAAGAGGAGCUGGCCAAGAAGUGCAGCAUCACCGUGUCGCAGGGGGUGGGAAGCACCAUCACAGUGUCACAGGUAUCCAACUGGUUUGGCAACAAGCGGAUCCGGUACAAGAAGAACAUCGGCAAGUUCCAGGAGGAGGCCAACCUGUAUGCCGCCAAGACGGCUGUGACGGCCGCGCACGCCGUGGCCGCCGCUGUGCAGAACAACCAGACCAACUCGCCCACCACGCCCAACUCCGGAUUCCAGAUGAAAGAUGAAGAAUUUCAGCUGGACUCCGCAGAGAGCAAAAACACUCUUUUAACCAACAUGUUCACUGGUUCUUCGGGUUCAUUUAACCUGCCGAACUCGGGGGACAUGUUCAUGAGCAUGCAGAAUCUGAAUGGGGAUUCUUACCAGGGGGCACAAGUUGGCGCCAAUGUGCAGUCACAGGUGGAUACCCUGCGUCAUGUUAUCAGUCAGACGGCAGGAUACAAUGACAGCCUCGGGGGGAACUCUCUGUACAGUCCACAUGGCCUGAACGCUAAUGGAGGGUGGCAGGAUGCGGGCACUCCGUCCUCCGUGAUUUCUCCCACAGAGGGGCCGGGGAGCGUCCACUCGGAUACCUCGAAUUGAUCUCCCCACCGACGCUCCCCAUCCCUAUGCUGUAGAGCCCCGACUAGCACUGACUGGCCAACCAGAGAGGCAGGACAAACUUGGCGGGAGCCAAUCAUUCGCGGCGUUGCUCACCUUUUUUCCUGUUGUCAUCGCCGCUCCCCCGCCACCCCUCUUAAGACAUGCAGACAACAAACGGCAACCAUCAUGCAGGAUUUCUUGUUCAUGGGCAAGGCCUUCACCUUCUCAUGGUGGAGUCAUCCUCCAUCGUCCAGGACAGCUUCUCAAACAUACAUAUAUACAGUAUAUAUAUGUAAAUAAUAUAAAGCAGAACAUUGUCAGGCGUGUUUCCUCCUGACGUUUAUUUUCAUGAAGAAUGGGUUAAGGAGGCCAACGCCCAGUGGAUUCUCUGUUCCGGAAAUUUCUUCUGCAGCCUGGAAAGCCCCCAGGACCAGCUCCAUUACCUCCCUCCUUGGCCAGGCUGUUGCUUGGCUCUCCAGCGGCCCCUUUUACACCCACCGAGAAGGACACCCGCAUCCAAACACACCCCACCCUUCCUGAAGAUGGGCAAAUGGACGGCCACAGGCACCACCUUAUGGUUCACGUCUGUGCAAUUACUACAAGAACGGGACGACAAAAAGACAGAAGUGCUGGUAGACCCGUUACAUACAUAUUGCUUGUUGUUUCUUUUUUUGAGGUCCAUUUCCAUCAUUCUUUGUUCCCCGACCCGCGUUAUUCAACAGCAGCACUCAUAGCCCAGCUUCUGACCAUUGUGUGCUAAUUCACAUGUUUAACAGGGCUAAUAUCACAUUUACUGCCAGCUUGGAGGGGGGCGGUCCUCUUUUUUUAUUUUUAUUAGCUCACACCCACCCGUUUCUGAUGCAUUAUGGACCUUUGCGGUGGCACAGAAUGAAACAUACCAAGUACAUGCAUUUCAUUGUCGGAAAAACACUCUAAAUUGGACACGGUUUAACAAAAAAAGUGAAUAUACUAAACAUUGUGCGUCUUUGAGGCCAUGUCUGGAAACAGCUACGUGUCUAAUGCCAGUCCUUGUGGUUCAUUUUGCCUGCUGGCAACACUGGCCACGUAAAACAUCCCCACAUAUUGUAAAUAAUGUAGCGUAAGAGUAUUUAUCCAUUCCACCAAUCAAAACACAGCUUUAUUACCUCAUGCAAACUCAUAGAAACCAAUAGAAUUCCAGCGUGUUCUAUAGCUUAGAGUGCUCACUUACUACCUCUGAACAAUAUCACUACCAUGUCGGUUUUUUUGGGAAUUCUUACUUUGUAUUUUAUUUAGUUUGAUUGCAUCUUGUAAUAAACUCCUCCUUUCCCUUCCUGUAAUCUAAUGUAUAUUUUAAUCUUUUAAGAAAACUAAGUUGCUUUCUUGCAACUUUUAAAAAAUAUUAAAAAAUAAUGAUUAUGAUGAUGAUGAUGAUGAUGAUGAUGAUAAAGAGUAUGUGUGGCUGGGGGAGGGGUGAGUGGUGCCCACGAAUUAACACCAAACAGUUAAACUGUUGUACAUACGGACAAACAUUUUGAAUGUUGCUCAUCUUGUUACUAAUUCAUGCAAAAAAUAAGAAAAAAACGUAACAAAAACAGCUGUAAUGCAUAGAGUUUUCAGUAUUCAGAAAUGUACAUUCAAGCUCUGUCUGACAGGGUCCAAUUUUGCUUUUUUUUGUAUUGUAUGUGAUUCUAAAACUGAUAAAGUCAUGGAAAGAUUAUUUGUGGCAGUGAUUCUAAUGUAUUAAAAAUGUUUCGUGUUACUUUUUAACCAGACUACACCCUGGACUGAAAAGUCUUCCUUGUGGUAGUUAUAUGUAGUUUCAAACAUGAAUAAACUUUUUGCUUUCAUGAA